CAAGGGCAAGGCAACAAGGAAGAAAAAAAAAAGAGAGAGAGAGAGGACACCACAUGUCUUCUUCUCAGUCUCCAGUCUCUUUCUCUCAAACAAACUUGUGUUUUGUCUGGCAAAAUAACACUCACCUAUGUAUUCCAAGAAAAGGAAAAACAAAAACUUUAUACCUAAUAACCUCUUUACUAAGCAAGGUUAGGUGAGUGACAGCAACGUUAAACACCCCCUGUGGCUACCCUUUUUACAGCAUCUCUUUCGAUUCCUCAAACAUUUGGGAUUCACUUUCCAGGUUGCAUUCUGAUUUUUUCCUCCUUUUCUUCUCUCUCUACUUUUGGGCGGGAAAGGAAAUCGGGCGUGGCUGAAAAUGCAGCUGCACAUAUCCCCUAGCUUGAGGCACGUUACGGUUUUGCCUGCAAAAGGUGUUCGAGAGUUUAUAAAAGUGAAAAUUGGCAACCGGAGAUUGUCUUACCGAAUGGUUUUCUACUCGCUUUUGUUCUUUACUUUCCUUCUCCGUUUUGUGUUUGUGUUGACGGCUGUGGAUACCAUCGAUGGAGAAAUCAAAUGUUCAACUAUAGGUUGUCUGAGCAAAAAAUUAGGACCAAGAAUCCUGGGAAGACUUGAGCCUACCGUACCUGAAGUGAUAUAUCAAGUUUUUGAAGAACCUGUCGAUCAAAACGAAGUUCAACCAGUAGAGCAAGAAAUUCCUCAAACAAUGGAAGAUUUUAUCGCAGAAAUGAAAGAUGAACGACCUGAUGCCAAGACAUUUGCAGUCAAGCUCAAAGCUAUGGUCACGCUCCUCGAACAAAGGACGAGAACAGCCAAGAUCCAAGAAUAUCUGUAUCGACAUGUGGCCUCUAGCAGCAUACCUAAGCAGCUACACUGCCUCGCCCUAAAACUGGCCAAUGAGCACUCAUCCAAUGCCAAAGCCCGUCUUCAGCUGCCCUCUCCCGAACUAGUCCCGGCUCUCGUUGACAAUUCAUACUUUCAUUUUGUGCUCGCCUCAGAUAACAUACUGGCAGCCUCUGUUGUUGCAUCUUCUCUCGUCCAAAACUCGUUGCACCCUGAAAAAGUCGUCUUGCACAUAAUUACGGAUAGGAAAACGUAUUACCCCAUGCAGGCGUGGUUCUCUCUCCACUCUCUGGGGCCUGCGAUUAUCGAGGUCAAGGCUCUGCACCAUUUUGAUUGGUUUACAAGAGGGAAGGUCCCGGUUUUGGAGGCCAUGGAGAAGGAUCAGAAAGUGAGGUCCCGGUUCAGGGGAGGAUCGUCGGCAAUUGUUGCGAAUAAUACAGAGAAACCGUAUGUCAUUGCUGCCAAGCUGCAGGCGUUGAGUCCCAAGUACAACUCGCUCAUGAACCACAUCCGAAUAAAUCUGCCAGAGUUGUUUCCGAGUCUUAACAAAGUAGUAUUCCUGGACGAUGAUAUUGUUGUUCAAACGGAUCUCACGCCUCUGUGGGACAUUCACAUGAAUGGGAAAGUCAAUGGGGCUGUGGAGACAUGCAGGGGAGGGGAUAAAUAUGUGAUGUCCAAGAGGUUCAAGAGCUAUUUGAAUUUUUCUCACCCGCUGAUAGCGAAUAAUUUCGAUCCAAAUGAAUGUGCAUGGGCCUAUGGCAUGAACGUCUUCGAUUUAGAAGCUUGGAGGAGGACUAAUAUAAGCCGGACAUACCAUUUCUGGCUUGAACAGAAUUUGAAGUCGGAGCUAAGUUUAUGGCAGCUAGGAACCUUACCUCCUGGGCUUAUAGCUUUCCAUGGUCACGUACAUGUCAUUAGUCCCUUCUGGCACAUGCUUGGGCUAGGGUACCAAGAUAACACAACUAUUGCAGAUGCUGAAAAUGCUGGUGUCAUCCAUUUCAAUGGCCGAGCAAAGCCUUGGCUCGACAUAGCAUUCCCACAGCUUCGGCCUUUGUGGACCAAAUAUGUUGACUACUCUGAUAGAUUCAUAAAGAGCUGCCACAUAAGAGCAUCUUAGGGAAUAUUAUCAACGAUACACAUAACAUUUCAAUUUUUUACCUGUAAAGGAGGGAGAGCGAGACACACAUGUCAAGUUCUGCACAAAAGUUUAGGGAUAUAUGUGCAGAGAACGAUGAUAGUCACAGGCUCUAAAUUUUGGAACUCGUGUUCUGAGUUCUUAAAUAUACCACAAUUAAUUUGUUUGUUUCAUAUUUCGAAAAAAAAAAAAAAAA